AUGCUUCUGGUCUGUGGAUGGCCUAGUGGAAGUGAUGAGAUAACAGGAGCUGGUCAUGGCAUUGGACGCGAGUUGUCCCUCCAGCUGGCACGUCUGGGAGCAAAAAUUGUCUGCUUGGACAUUGAUGAGGCUAACAACCAGAAAACUGUUGCGGAUAUUUGCCGUGAAGGUGGAGCCGCUUAUGGAUACAAAUGCGAUGUAACAAGCAGAGAUGAAGUGAGAACUGUGGCUAAUGAGAUUCGUGAAGAUGUUGGUGAAAUAACUAUUCUUGUGAAUAAUGCAGGGAUAAUGCCCUGUAAGCCGUUCAUCAAGCACACUCCGGAGGAGAUUGAGAGGAUCUUCAGAGUCAACGUAUUCGCACACUUUUGGAUGCUGAAAGAGUGGCUACCAACUUUUAUAGCCAUGGGACGUGGCCAUGUUGUCGCCAUGUCUUCUAUUGCUGGACUUAUGGCAACCAGUAAUCUUGUGCCUUAUUGUGCUUCUAAAUAUGCUGUUAAAGGUCUGAUGGAUGGCCUUGUGGAAGAGAUGAGGUAUGGAGGUCGAAACCCAAACAUCAAAUUUACGUGCGUGCAUCCCUUUGUUGUUGACACUGGACUUGCAAAGAAGCCCCGUAUAAGGUUCCCUUCCUUAACUCCUGUGCUAACUCCUGAGACUGCUGCAGAGGCCAUUAUCAAUGCUGUGCAGUUAGAAAAGCCUGAGGUCUUACUUCCCUUUCAAGCUGCAGUGAUACAUUAUAUUCUUCGGUUGUUACCUCGAGAAGUCCAGAAAGCAUUCUUGGAUUUCAUGGAUACUGGAGUGGAUGAACAUGAUAGCUGAUUAGCUGCUUGGAGAAGCAAGUGAAAGUUUUUGAAAAUGGGUAGUUAAUACAUUAGUUACUGAAGUAGAAUUAUGCACAUGGGUCUGGUAAUUCUUGUUUACUUAAAUGUUAAUGUUUACUGUAGGUUGUAUGCCAUGUACUUUGUACUUACAAAUACAUGUGUAUGGUUUGAAAAGAGGUGUUUUGUAAUGAAAUAAAUAUAAGUAAUGGGGCAGUGUCUUUGAGUGAGUUUCUUUUCUUUAGAAUAAGAGAUUAAUAAAAGGGACUGAAGUACAGACGAUUAUGAUAAUCUUUAAUCCAGUUGUGUGUGAUCUGGAAAUAUCUCUUGCUGGAGAUCUUUCUGCCAAUUUUCUACUGAAUACUAUCUUCCUUAUUGAAUGAGGGUGACAGUGAAUAUUGGUUUUCUUUCUUUAUAUAGAAAUGCUCUACAUGACCAUGAAAAAUAACACAUUAUAGAAGAGUUUAUUUACUGAUUGUAUAGUUAGGUUGCUAAUGUAGAUACCUCAGUGGUUAGUCCCAUAUAAUAGGGGGGUAUAUUUUUGUAAGGUUCCUGUGUAAUAACCUGAAUAACAAAAUUGUGUUGAUACAAAGGGAGAAGAACUCGACUCAUACAAAAGGCUUUGUUACGUUACGUAUAUGGAUAACCAUAAUAUGUCUUCCAUGCAGGGCACUGAGGCUUUAAACACAGAUGUCUUUUCUUCCUCUCUCAACUGUGAUCAAUUUAGGAGUGUGAAACUUUCCAGUGUGAUAGGGAAAAA